AUGGAUCUGGACUUCUGGGAGCAGGUGGACGAAGAGCUGACUGGAUUUCCCGACCUGGGGCAAUCGUCAAAUAUGGGCGCGGCAUACGGAGCCGGAGUGGAAUCUAUAUCACCGGUGUUGGUUAACGUGGGACAUGAACAGUCUCUGUCACGGAUGUCGUCCGUCACUUCGGCCGCAAGCCAGAAAACAAAGUCGAGAUCGCCGAGUCAAAGCCCCGGAGGCGGUGCUAACCUGAAUGCCAACAGUUUCGACCAGAGAUCGCAGACCUCUGAGGACGACAUCACCCAGCAGAUAUCGAAACGACUUGGUCGCAUGUGCCUUGCGGAAGACGGACACAUGCGAUACUUUGGCGCCACGAGCCAUUUGUCGAUGCUUCCCAACGACCUCAGAACCAUUUACCGACCAGAUAUGCACAGUUUCCGGGAGGAAAGCGAAAUCGUGGUCAAACGGGCGCACUUGGGCUGGACUCCAGACCCGGAAUACGAGCUCCAUCUGACACGUCUCUAUUUUGCGUGGCACAACACUUUCGUCAGCGAGGCGAACAAGGAGACGUAUUUUGAGCAAAAGGAGCUGUACUACCGGGGCUUUGAAACCGCGCUAUUCUCGCCCGCACUCGAGAAUGCAGUUCUUGCGGUCGGCGCAUUGUAUUCGACACGACGACAUCCUGCCAUCCAGGACAGCGCUUCCGACUUUUUCGGCGCAAGGACCCGGUUAUACCUCGAGACGGAAAUGGACCGUCCGACGAUAGCCACAACACAAGCAGCAGUGAUUUUGUCGGCUUUUGAGUCAGCCAACGGCCGUGACUCUCGAGGUUGGAUUUACUCAGGUGUCGCCGUCCAGAUGACCACGGAUCUCGGGCUGCAUCUCCGUCUCGGCACCAACGACGACUAUCUUGGAAAUGAGGAGAACACUCCAGCUCUUGAAGACGUGCGCAGAAGUCUCUUUUGGACUGUCUACUCUGCCGACAUGUAUCACAGUACGUAUAGUGGGCGGCCUUACUUGAUGAGCAGGAUGCGAUAUGAUGCCCCUCGUCUGGAUGCGUUGAACGACGGCGAUUGGCAGCCAUUUGAUGCAGACGGCGCGCCGAUGAAGCUACCACCUGCUUUCGAUGCUUCCGGUAUUGGUUCCGUCACCGCAUGUGUUGCGCAGUUGGCAAUCAAGCUGCGAAAGAUCUACGAAACACUAUACGGCGGCAGCGCUUCUGUCUCGGAAGACGCUAAGCUCUUCGUUCCAGCCAUGGCUAAACAACUCCAACAGUGGCUGGCGGCGUUGCCUCCAGCGCUUCACGUCGACUACGGAGAAGAACAGCCUUCUCCGGUCCCAGCACCGAUUGUGCUCCAGCUUCACAUAUUAUACCAUCAGAUCCUCAUCAUCCUCAAUCGGCCGUUCGUUGUGCACGAAUCAGACUCGGAAAUCCUCGCCGGAGAGAUGUGCACCAAAUCCGCCGGCAUCAUAUGUAAACUGCUGCAGGUGUUCAAAGCCAAUUACGGACUACGAUACAUCAACGUCCAGGCGGUCGCGUCGACCGUCACGGCCGGGGUUGUGCACGCUUACGACAGUUGCAUUUACUCGGGAGCCAAGGGCAAAGCAGCGCAGCAUAACUUUGUCGUCUGCAUUCAAGCGCUGGCCGAGAUUGGCCAGUCCUUCCGAAGUAGCAUACACGGACUGGAAGUCAUCACCUCGCUGAGACGGGCCUGGCAGCACCAGAUGUUCAAGGAAACCAGAGCGAAACGCCGCUGGAGAGGCUCGUCCGAAAUGGGAGGAGACCAUUUGCAUCGGGCUCCAAGCUAA